AUGGUCGGUGGAAACCCUUGCUUGCGAGGCGUUUGGCCUCACGGUGGAGCACCACCUUCAGAGAUGCGCUGGCAGCAGCUGGAGGGCGGUGUUUGGCGUGAGGCUGGGAAGACCAUCGUGCUCGCGAGUCCGCGAGUUGUGCCUGCGGCGGUGGAGGCAGACUCCAAACCGGAAGGUUCAGACUCUGCAGACGCAAGGCUCGUCGAGGAGUCCAAUCCGUCGCCAGAGAAAGUGCCGGCGCCACAAGAGUCUCCACCAGACUGGUUUUCCUUGGACUCUUUGGCCGCUUCGAGGUACGUAGACGAGGGCGAUGCCGAGAAACCGGUGAUGGAAGCUUAUGCUACGGUCCCAGAGGUGGCGACCCCGACCAGCCUGCAGGCAUUGUCAGGAUCUGCGACCAUACCUACCGAAUUACGCAGACGUGUGUCGGAGGAGGUCGAAAACCUCCUCGCAAAAGCCAACUUGGACUUCAUGCACGGGGACGUGGAUACGAACGGCUUGGUGGAGGAUUGCUGCUUGGCGCUGCUCCACGCGCAUGAUGAUGGCACUGAGAUCUCGCACGAUCGUCUCUCUGCGGAGGUUGUGCGGACCAUUCUUCAAGGCUGGGACCAAUUCCGCAAGCGGGGCUUGGAGGCCGAGCCACAAACCGUAAGCCAACGCAGUCGCUUCCGAGCCUACAUCGACGCCCACGAGGCCAUGCCACGAGAACCAGACCUAGAGGACCACAUGCAUCCGUCCUCUGUCUGCCUCCACGACUCCAACUCUUGCCUUGUGAUGUCAUGCCGGAACUCGAUGGCCUGUGAUCCUUGCCAAGUAUCCUAA